AUGGCCGAGAAACAAGCACAACCAGUGUCCAAUUCGCGCUGGCUGACAGAUAUUCGCAAGCGCAUGCAAAAGCUGUCCACAGAUACGCUGGAUGCCACCUCAAAGAAUUCGCUGGCGGGUUGGAAGACAUAUCUCGAAAAGAACUGGCUGCUACUAUCAGCAGGACGCGACGGCUUCAUCAUGGAUGAGAAGUGGUGGGGAAUGGUCAAUCACCAAAUCUUCUGGGGAGAUAUGGAUUGCAUGGGCCAUACUAACAACGUCAUAUAUAACCGCUGGGCUGAAUGCGGACGUGUCAACUGGUUCAUGAUUCUAUCCAAACAUGUGGCACCGGAAAAUGAAGAGGAGAUGCGUCUGCUAAUGACGCCUCGAGGCGUUGGCCUGAUCCUCGGCAGCAUUAAGACGGACUUCAAAUUCCCAAUGGCAUUUCCAGACCACAUCUGCGUAAUGCAUCGCCUGACAACCAAGCCAGACUACACCUCGGACAGAGUCAUCCUGAGCGCCGCCUGCUACUCCAUGAACCACCGCCGAAUCGCUGCCAAAUUCGAAGAGGAUAUUGUUGUCUACGAUUACGAUAACGCGAAAAAGACCCCAUUAAAGCCGUACAUGGUAGACGAAAUGCUCAAGGUCUGGGAGCUCCAGGAGCAAUCAAAGGCAGAAGCCAACAAAAAGAUUGCCGAACUAGAAGCAUUCCUCACUAGCCUGGAACAAUAG